ACCCAGUUGCAGCUGGAUGACGUGGUGCGGGUCAAUGAGGACCUAAAGGAGAACAUCGCCAUCGUGGAGAGGAGGAACAACCUCCUGCAAUCAGAGCUGGAGGAGCUGCGGGCGGUGGUGGAGCAGACCGAGAGGGCUCGCAAGUUGGCCGAGCAGGAGUUGAUCGAGGCCAGUGAGAGGGUCCAGCUCCUCCACUCGCAGAACACCAGCCUCAUCAACCAGAAGAAGAAGAUGGAGGUGGACAUCUCCCAGCUGCAGACAGAGGUAGAAGAAGCCAUCCAGGAGUGCAAGAACGCUGAGGAGAAGGCCAAGAAGGCCAUCACCGAUGCGGCCAUGAUGGCAGAGGAGCUGAAGAAGGAGCAGGACACCAGCGCCCACCUGGAGCGGAUGAAGAAGAACAUGGAGCAGACCAUCAAGGACCUUCAGCUGCGGCUGGACGAGGCCGAGCAGUUGGCCCUCAAAGGAGGCAAGAAGCAGCUGCAGAAGCUGGAGGCCCGUGUGAGGGAGCUGGAGAACGAGCUGGAGGCCGAGCAGAAGCGCAACGCCGAGAGCAUCAAGGGCCUCCGCAAGUCCGAGCGGCGUGUCAAGGAGCUCAGCUACCAGACGGAGGAGGACAAGAAGAACCUGCUGCGGCUGCAGGAGCUGGUGGACAAGCUGCAGAUGAAAGUCAAGGCCUACAAGCGGCAGGCAGAGGAGGCGGAGGAACAGGCCAACACCAACCUGGCCAAGUUCCGGAAAGCGCAGCACGAGCUGGAUGAGGCGGAGGAACGUGCCGACAUGGCCGAGUCCCAGGUCAACAAGCUGCGGGCCAAGAGCCGCGACAUGGGAGCCAAGAAGCUGCACGAUGAGGAGUGA